CUUCGAAGACUACAUGAAGCUGAAAAAUAAUCCUCCACCUUGCUAUUUCACAAAGAAGGUAAUCCAUCGAUAUGAGAUGUGGUUGAAAAAUGUAUCAAAUAGGAUUCGACAUAUCAGGCAAAAGCAAAAAAUGCAAAGUAAUAGUUAUUAUUCCCAAAGGGAAUUUUGGAUGGAUAAGCCACGUUCAUUGACCCCUCCUCCUUUACCACCAAAGCCUAUUGUGUUAAUAAAUAGCUUUGAGAGAUACACUAUGCGACGUAAUGCAAGUACACCAGAAAUUUCAGCCUAUAAAUUUGAGAGAAGUCAG